AGGGACAGCCCGGUGCCUACCGGACGGCACGGUGUUGGCCUCGCCCUCUUCGGCCUGGGGCUCAUUACCAGCACCUUGUUUCAAAGCCUGAUGGAGGAAACUGGCUGCUGCUUGCUGUACGUGGUGGAGGAUCAGCUAGAGGAGGUGGAACGCGCCUUCGACGCCGAGUUCCUGGCUGGCACCAGGGUGCUGCGGCAGCGGGACGCCGAUGUCGCGCUCAACGACCAGCGAGUCUCUGGAGCCAUUAUUUGUUCACCACCUGAAGAAGCCUCUGAGAUCGUAAUAGAGGCUUUACGAGCGGGAAAAGGUGUGUUUUGUGAGAGGCUGCCCAGUUUGGACAGGCAGAUGGCAGAAGCUUGUUUCGAUGAAGCUGAGAGGUGUGGAAGGCCACUGGUGUGUGGAUUCUACAAGCGCUUUGACCCAGCGCUGCAAUUCCUGUACAAGAAAGUCCGCGACAGCCGGGCGCUGGGGAGGAUCCACCGGAUAUCGGCCAUCAGCAGCAUCUAUCCUGCAGCGUCUCUGAGCUUCCUCAAAACAUCAGGUGGAAUUUUUUAUAAUGCUGCCGUGCAUGAUAUAGAUAUUGUCAGUUUGUUGUUGGGAGAGAGUGCGCCAGAUACAAUAUUUUCCCUGGGGCAUGCCUUCUGUUCAGAUAUGGCCUGCUUGAAGGAUGCAGACACUGUAGCGGUCAGCAUGAAAUUCCCUAGCGGAGCAAUUGUUACUUUGGACGUCAGUCAGCACUGCACUAAAAGCUGUGAUCAGAGACUAGAGGUUCAUGGUUCUCAAGGAACGUUGCGGGUAGAUAAUCAGAAUCCCCUGGGGAUUACGGAGCACGGGACUUCGGUAUCCAUAUGUUCACAGACCCAAACUGAUCGCUACAGAGAUGCACACAGGGAGCUCUUCCGGCACUUUCUGAGAACCCUGAAAGGCAAGGAACCCCCCGUGAUCACCAAAGAGCAGUUUCUCUGGACGAUUCAGGUCGCUGCAGCUGCUGAGCAGUCCUGGAGAAAUGGAUCCGCUGUCGACUUGCGCAACGAAGCAAUAGACUCGUCCGUGAUCAAGACUGAGAUAAUGUGA